AUGAAGGUCGUGUGUGUUUCGGAUACUCAUGGACUGCAUGAGAAUGCACUGACCAUUCCACCCGGUGAUAUCUUCGUUCAUGCAGGUGAUUUCACAGAUACAGGGAAACGUAGUGAAGUAUUGGCGUUCAAUGAGUUCCUAGGACGAUUACCUCAUCGGUAUAAGCUCGUAAUCGCUGGCAAUCACGAGUCAUCAUUCGACCGUCAAUUCUACCCGGAAUACUGGCACCAAUACGGCCAUAAACAACAGUACGAUCCAACUGAAGUGCGUGCUUUACUUACAAACGCACUGUAUCUAGAGGAUCAGGCGGUUCUGAUUGAGGGCUACCUCUUUUACGGUACACCAUGGCAACCAGAAUUUUGCAAUUGGGCAUUCAAUUUGCCUCGUGGUGACGCUCUGCUGCGUCAAUGGAGACUAAUUCCAACGGACACCGAUGUGCUCGUGACCCACACGCCCCCAAUGGGCCACGGAGACCUUGUAGGCUUUCAACGCGUUGGUUGUGCCGAUCUACUACGUGAAGUGGAGAAUCGAGUGCGGCCCAAGUUGCACGUCUUUGGACACGUGCAUGAAGGUUACGGACGCAGUGUUAGUUCUGAUGGAAAGAUCACGUACUUGAACGCCUCCACGUGCACUCACGACUACGAACCUGUAAAUCCGCCCUUGGUGUUCGAGCUAACUGGGCCGCCAAAACGAGGCUGGUCCAACCACUCAUUGUCGUUGACGACUCCUUUGUCCAUGAAUAACUCGUCUAUUCGUCGCAGCUUCAGCAGUAAUGGUGUUAGCAACCUCAGCGGCCUUUUAAAAACUGAUGAUGGAGAUAUUGGCACGGAUACAGGGCUGCCGGAUAAAGCACAACCAAAAGAUUAUGAUUUGAUGCUGCACGCAUGGCUACGUCUUUGCUCUCACAAGCCCCAAUUUCUUGAGAGACAAGAAGUGGAAACGUGCGAAAGCAAUGAGACGAAGAACCUGUGGGAAUUUCGUGUGGAUGGUACGACUUCUGGGCUGCUAUUUGAGAGCACGUUGAAAUUGCGCCCCGUGACGAAUGUACAGAAGCGCGUCUUGCGGUAUCUUUUCUCGCAAGGUUUCCGCAAUAAUUCCGACAACUACAUGGGAUUGAAGAGUCAAACAGAUGUAGUACAGAUGAAGCAAGACGAGGUUGCAAUUAAGAAUGAAGAUGACUGUGGAGUCAGGAAACCAACGAAGGAGCGGCAGAAGUAUGGGAUUUCUCGCCGUGUUACGGUGGCUGUUUUGGACGGUAUUGACGAAGGCAAAGAAGGAAUGUAUCGCGAACACGUGCAACAGGCUCGUGUGGCGGCUGCUUCCCUAAGUAAAUCGGGCGUGGAAGGCGCAGAUGUUCAGUCUCGUCGUCUUGGACGAAACAAGACAUUACAGCGCCGGUCAGCGGUACCGAAACUUGCUUCACUUACUGAAGAGCCGAGUGAAGGCGAAGCAUAUUGCGCCAGCUCGGCAAGUACAUUCGUACAGGGGGAAAAUCCAAAUGACAAUGCUGCUGUUUCUAAGGCUAUCGUGACAACCUCACGCGUCGUCGAGUGCGUGUUGUGCAAGUAUAAAGUUUCCGGUCACACUCAUCCUGGUGUGCAGCCCACACCGCCCCCAGCUUUAGCAGAGACCUCUAGUGAAUCAAAUGAAGAGGGAAAGAAACCAAGUAAGUCGCGCUCUGAGAUUGAGAACCCACCAUUCAAGCGCUUGUCGUCCUGGUUCUGA